GCAAAAUGACUUAAUGCUAUAACCUCUGAACUGUUUAUAUGGUUUAGAAAUAGACACUUCUCCUACGUUGGUGCAUGUGAUUGUGACAUCGGUUCGUCUCCUACAUGGUUUACUUAUUAGGCCCCUCCUACAAGAUACGCCCCUGUUUCCGGUGGUCUCGGUAAAAUGACUCAAUGCUAUAACCUCUGAACUGUUUCGCAUGGUUCGGAAGACACCGCUCCUGCUGCGUUAGUUGAUGUGAUCAAGAAAUCAGUUUCACCUCCCAACAUAUAUUUUACAAUAAACACAGUCACGCGUAUAGGAGCUUAAACACCAUUUCAAAUAUCCAUCACAUAAGAACUAUUUUAUGCUAAAUUCACGUUAUUUCACGAAUUUACCUCUCGUCGUGUCUUAAUAUAUUUGUCCCCUAGAACCCCCUUUACUGGUAUUUACAAAGCGGAAAAGACCCUUCCAUGACCUUUGAACUUCCUAAAAAAACAUGGCCCCUCCCUAAAGCGGGUGACUGAUGAGUCAUCGGUUUCGCCAAAGGUUUGUGUCGAAUGACUCGUGAAAUAUUCACCAGUUUGGAUGAUACUUAAGACCCUUCGAUUGAAGUCAUAUCACACGAGCCUGUGCUUCUAAGGGUAGAAGUAUGGCAAAAGCCGCCAUGAUGGUACGGUACGGUUUAAGUGUGACUGUUCUCCUUCUUCUGCUUCCUUGUGCCUUGUCACGUUUACACGCAAGAGGUGCCAUUCGCAUACUCACCGCUUCAUCAAAGAAAGUAGAACAGGCAUCCGUUGUAUUGAGUGAAAUGAGCAUGCAACUUGGCCUUAGCUCGCGUUCUAUGACCAUCAACUCCAUCAACCAAAUGAAACGCGGUGAGAAGGAAGCAGCGAUGGAGAGCUUGAGUCAAGCCAUUUCAACGCUGGCGUUACUUGACGUGGCGGGUGCCGGAGUCGUGCAAAACCCUUUUACAUCCUUGAUUGUGAACAGUAUCGCGACAAGACAAGAGAUGUCCAAUGUCAAGCUUGCACUGGAGGCUUAUAACGAAGCCAUUACUGAUGUGAUUUCGGCCAGCGACGCAGGCGCGGCCACAGUACCCGACGAGGCGAAGCUACUCGAUAAGGUUUCAGAACGGCGUGCUAAAGCAAUCGCAGAGUUCAAGAAGGCAGUGGAAGGCCUCCCUGACACUAGCGACAUUGUUAAAAACCUUAACAAAGCUGCAAAGUGGAGCAAAGCCUCCCUGGAACUAGCGACAUUGUUAAAAACCUUAACAAAGCUGCAAAGUGGAGCAAAGCCUCCCUGGAACUAGCGACAUUGUUAAAAACCUUAACAAAGCUGCAAAGUGGAGCAAAGCCUCCCUGGAACUAGCGACAUUGUUAAAAACCUUAACAAAGCUGCAAAGUGGAGCAAAGCCUCCCUGGAACUAGCGACAUUGUUAAAAACCUUAACAAAGCUGCAAAGUGGAGCAAAGUGGGCACAGCUCUAGAUGCAUUCGGUGCACUGUUUGACGUCGUUGCCAUCGGUAUCAACGCCUGGGGACUUGACAUAGCUGUCCGAGAUGGAAAUGUACCAGGCAUGGUGUCUGCCAGCUUGGGAAUGGGUGCAGGUUUGGUUGGUAUUGGUACGUUCAUCGCCGUUUUGAAAACUGGGUCCAUUUUUAUCGGGCCUGUCGGAGCUAUCUUCUCUGCGGUACUUGGCCUUGCUGCAACUUUGAUCGACAUCUCCUCAGCUCAUCCUUCUAAAAAGAUAGAAGAAACACUCAAAUCCCUAAAAGCCCUGACAGCCGCUUGCAAGGAAGAGGUUAAGUCUUCGGCAUAUCCUCUUGGCAAAUUUGGAGAUAUUUACGAAUCCAACCAAGCAAUCUUGCUAGAUAUCGCCGGUAUGCCAAAGGGGCCACUCAAAUUCAGGAAAGCGAAGACAGCAGCUGACGAAGAAGGGAUUUUGAGUGCUGGAGAAUUUCGCACGAUUGACGGGUCAGCCUUUUCCAAUAGUUAUUGGAGAGUGGGUGGUUCGGAGAUAAUCGGGUAUGACUUUUACGGCAAACCACCAGCAGCACCACAAAGGAAUUUUGGAGUAUCCGUUUUUGUGGAUACCAAUUUUGUAAACGAAUCGGGCACGCCUUACAAAGGAGUCGACAUUCAAACCUAUAAUGAGGGAUACGAGAACUAUUACGUGCACGACCAUGUCAGUAUUGAAGACUACGAGCAUCUAAAGCCAGGACAGAAGGUGAAAAUCUCUACAGGCUCGGGAUAUGACGUGAUAGCAAUCAACGGUCUGAUUGGGAAACUUGAACCACAGUUUACAAACGCACUUGAUGUUACCGAAUCGCAAGGGACCGUCCAAAAAGAACUAACAUUCGGAGGUAUCUCAAGAUCACAUCGCAUCAUCAAAGGAGCUUACUUCAAUCGCGUUACAGAACGAGUGGGGUUCUUUUAUGGACAAGAUAGAAACCUGCACGAGUUUGGCACCGUCAGAGAAGUUGUCCAGGUCCAUGGAAGUCCCUUUGAUGAUCGCAUUAUCAUGCACGGCGAAAAUUUCCGAGUCGAGCAAACUCGAGGAAGAAACACCUACGAGUUCGACAUUCCACAGAAUGUCAAUCCGAACGACCGUCUUACUCAACAAACGAUUGUGGAUAACAGUGAUUCCCAUGCCUUGAUCCGAGUCAAUCAUCAAGGCAACGUAAAAAAAGAAAGCUUCAGCUAUUUGGAUAAGGCUAUGAUCAUCUGGUUCAGGGAUGUAACAGGAAGAUUUUGGAAUCCAAUUUAUAAAAUCAGCCUCUACUGCAAGAAGGAGCCACGUGUUGCGCUUAUCCAUUGGUCAAAUUUAUCGGAGAAAAAGGACAGCAAACGGAUCGAACUAGUCAAACUGAGCAAGACUAGAAAGCGUCAAUUUGACGGGGAGACGUACAAAUUUGAAUUCUUAAGUGACCUCACUACUGGAACUGAUAGACAAGACCUGGUCAAGAUAAAGAAGCCAAGACACCGUAACACCGCUGUGCAGACGAUUGACAUGCGCGAGGGUGCUAACCGAUUGAUGCUGACUGAAGAUUUGAUGAACGGAUAUUCGAUAAGACCCGGCGGUCGCACCCUCCACUUGAAGAAUAAGGAUGGGGAAUGGGUACUAGAGAUCCGGGAUCCGAGUUCAAGCGACCUCCGCCAUGACGUCAUCAUCAAGAACAUAGAGCAGAUUAUCAACGAGUACUUCGAGAAUGUUCUUAACAUGCCUGAUGCUGAGCCAGACACGGAUCUCGGCGCAUUAUACAUGGAAAGCAAAGAGCUGAUUCCACCAGAAUAAAGACAAGCAUACUCUUCAAUGAUGAUAUCUGGACCAAGCAUACUCUUCAAUGAUGAUAUUUGGACCAAGCAUGCUCUUUAAUGAUAAUAUCUUAACCAAGCAUGCUCUUCAAUGAUGAUAUCUGGACCAAGCAUGCUCUUCAAUGAUGAUAUCUGGACCAAACAUUCUCUUCAAUGAUGAUAUCUGGACCAAGCAUACUCUUCAAUGAUGAUAUCUGGACCAAGCAUACUCUUAAUGAUGAUAUCUGGACCAAGCAUUCACUUCAAUGAUGAUAUCUGGACCAAGCAUACUCUUCAAUGAUGAUAUCUGGACCAAGCAUGCUCUCAAUGAUGAUAUCUGGACCAAGCAUACUCUUCAAUGAUGAUAUCUGGAACAAGCAUACUCUUCAAUGAUGAUAUCUGGACCAAGCAUGCUCUUAAUGAUGAUAUCUGGACCAAGCAUUCUCUUCAAUGAUGAUAUCUGGACCAAGCAUGCUCUUCAUUGAUAAUAUCUGAACCAAGCAUGCUCUUCAAUGAUGAUAUCUGGACCAAGCAUGCUCUUCAAUGAUGAUAUCUGGACCAAGCAUUCUCUUCAAUGAUGAUAUCUGGACCAAGCAUACUCUUCAAUGAUGAUAUCUGGACCAAGCAUACUCUUCAAUGAUGAUAUCUGGACCAAGCAUGCUCUUCAAUGAUGAUAUCUGGACCAAGCAUUCUCUUCAAUGAUGAUAUCUGGACCAAGCAUACUCUUCAGUGAUGAUAUCUGGACCAAGCAUACUCUUCAAUGAUGAUAUCUGGACCAAGCAUACUCUUCAAUGAUGAUAUCUGGACCAAGCAUGCUCUCAAUGAUGAUAUCUGGACCAAGCAUACUCUUCAAUGAUGAUAUCUGGAACAAGCAUACUCUUCAAUGAUGAUAUCUGGACCAAGCAUGCUCUUAAUGAUGAUAUCUGGACCAAGCAUUCUCUUCAAUGAUGAUAUCUGGACCAAGCAUGCUCUUCAAUGAUAAUAUCUGAACCAAGCAUGCUCUUCAAUGAUGAUAUCUGGACCAAGCAUGCUCUUCAAUGAUGAUAUCUGGACCAAGCAUUCUCUUCAAUGAUGAUAUCUGGACCAAGCAUACUCUUCAAUGAUGAUAUCUGGACCAAGCAUACUCUUCAAUGAUGAUAUCUGGACCAAGCAUGCUCUUCAAUGAUGAUAUCUGGACCAAGCAUUCUCUUCAAUGAUGAUAUCUGGACCAAGCAUACUCUUCAGUGAUGAUAUCUGGACCAAGCAUACUCUUCAAUGAUGAUAUCUGGACCAAGCAUGCUCUUAAUGAUGAUAUCUGGACCAAGCAUACUCUUCAAUGAUGAUAUCUGGACCACGGACCAAGCCUAUAUACGAGGGAUUUAAAACAGGCGAACUGCUACUACUCAACUUACGAGCGAUCACUUCACAAGAAAGUGCUUCGCGCAAGGCUAUUUCCCCGCAACAAGUUCCCGCCAGACCAAAGUAUUCUUACAAAGUUAUUAUUUGUCUGUGUUUUUUCUGACCAAAAGGAAUUGAAAGUUGCCUGAUAGCACAAAAAAAAAAUAUGCCAAGUAAACAGAGAGGCUUCUAGGCUGUAAACAUGACAAAUACCAAUCCAUUACUUUUGCUCCACGUUCACCCUAAAGUCUUCUUGUAACAUAGAGGUAACAGGUAGACCGUUGAAGCCGAGGAAAAACUACACACAAAAUUUUCUACACAGAAAAAUACCAGGCAAAAUGCCCACCUCCCACCACAAAAAAGGAAAAACAUUCCAAAGAAACAAACAAAUCUCCAUAUUCGUGUGACACCCGUCAUGCUAAUAGCUAAUAUCCAAAAGCCCCCUGUUACAGUAUUAACGAAGAAUGGACAUUAAAAAAAGCACGAGCAUUGA